UUAACAGUAGUUCUCUCUUUGCUGGAGUUGGACGCAUCGUCUCCUGAGUUGAAAGGAGAAAGUGGUUAGAUGAAGAAGGAAGAACACCAAGAGCAGUAGAAGAAACAUGGACAACAGAAACGUCGUCGUCUGCGACAACGGCACUGGGUAUGUCAAGUGUGGUUUUGCUGGAGAAAACUUUCCCACCUCUGUGUUCCCUUGCGUGGUAGGACGGCCAUUGCUAAGAUAUGAAGAAUCACUCAUGGAACAAGAGCUGAAGGAUAUUGUUGUUGGAGAAGCUUGUUUAAAUUUGCGACAUCAACUUGAUAUUUCUUAUCCUGUCAGCAAUGGCAUCGUGCAAAACUGGGAUGAUAUGGGAAAUGUGUGGGACCAUGCAUUUUUCAAUGAAUUAAAGAUAGAUCCCUCAGAAUGUAAAAUUUUACUUACAGACCCGCCCCUCAAUCCCUCAAAGAACCGUGAGAAAAUGGUUGAGACCAUGUUUGAGAAGUAUAACUUUGCCGGCGUGUUCAUUCAAAUCCAAGCUGUUUUGACAUUGUAUGCUCAAGGUUUACUGACUGGAUUAGUUAUUGACUCUGGCGAUGGUGUCACUCAUGUGGUUCCAGUUGUUGAUGGCUACUCAUUCCCUCAUCUUACAAAACGAAUGAAUGUAGCUGGCAGGCACAUUACAUCAUAUCUUGUCGACUUGCUUCUACGGAGAGGGUAUUCAAUGAAUAAGUCUGCUGACUUUGAGACUGUUAGGGAUAUCAAGGAGAAGCUCUGUUAUAUAAGUUAUGAUUACAAAAGGGAAUAUCAGUUGGGACUUGAAACCACCAUCCUUGUCAAGAAUUAUACCCUGCCAGAUGGAAGGGUCAUCAAAGUUGGCACUGAGCGGUUCCAGGCACCUGAGGCUCUAUUUACUCCUGAACUUAUAGAUGUCGAGGGUGAUGGAAUGGCUGACAUGGUAUUUCGUUGCAUUCAGGAAAUGGACAUUGACAAUCGGAUGAUGCUCUACCAACAUAUAGUUUUGAGUGGUGGGAGUACUAUGUAUCCUGGAUUACCUAGUCGCCUGGAGAAAGAAAUUUUGGAUCGCUAUCUGGAAGUUGUUUUGAAGGGAAACAAAGAUGGGUUGAAGAAACUGCGGUUACGCAUAGAAGACCCACCACGAAGAAAGCAUAUGGUGUAUCUUGGAGGUGCAGUCCUUGCAGGAAUCAUGAAGGAUGCGCCGGAGUUUUGGAUUAGCAAACAAGAUUAUCUAGAAGAGGGAGUUGCUUGUCUAAGCAAGUGUGGCCAGGCAUGAUUUUUCGAGGACCGUCUACUACGCCUUUACCUGUUCAGGCAAGAAGAUGAAGCCUAAGGAUUUAUAUACUGAAGGGUGUGUUGAAUUACCAAUGGAGAUGAUUUUAUUACCGCGUACAACAUCCUUCAUAGCAAUCAAUACGUAAAUCCCUACUGGACGAGCUUGGAGGCCUGUGUCUAUGUGGUGGUUCGUUUUAACGAAGACGGUCAGAGAGGCUUCAUAUCUAUGUUGUAUACUUAAAGAUUUUGCUGCCUGUAUAUAUGCAACAAAUUGAUUCUCCGCAACUGCUACAAAUUCAAAUAACAUGUAUUGCUAAGCCUCGAAGUUGAACUAAAAGAAUUUGUUCACUUUUUUU